UGUUUAGAUUUAUUGGAUCGUGCAUCACUAUCCGAAAUCGGAAGUCAUAUCUAAUAUUUUGAUUGUUAUAAAUAACCUAUAAAAAUCAGCUGUAUAUUUAUUUUUAUUCCCUGCUGUUUGAGUGCUUCCGAAAUAACUAUUGGAAAAGACUAGAAAAGAAAUGCCUAGUUACGAAAUGGCUAUGAUAAUACGGGCUAUGCCCAAAGUUGAACUUAAAAAUGCUCUUAUGAGAAUAUCUAACGGAAUAUUUGAUAGAGGUGGUAUUAUAAGAAAAAUUGAAAAUUUAGGAUAUCGACCACUGCCGUACAAAACAAGUGCUCAUGGUCUGGUGCAUAAAGAAGCAAAUUUUUUUGUUUUUAAAAUUGAUACCGCAACCACAGUGGUUUCUGAUUUGAAAGAAGAGUAUAGUCGGGAUGUAGAUGUAGUCAGACAACGUGUUUUCAAAGUGAAUGAGGAGUCGGAGCAUGCAUGUACGUUGGAAACGGAAUUAUUGCCGCCAGCAUAUCGCAAAGAAGUUCAAGAAAUGAUCAAAAUGGGAAAGUCACAAGUGAAUCGAUUUAGACACAAAUUCUCUUAUAACUCAGGGUUGGAUUACUAUCCUUUCCAAAAGUAAAUAUUUAGACACAUAGUCCAUAAUUGUAUGUAGUUAUUAUUAGGAAUUAUAAGUAAUGAAAUAAACAUUUAAGCAUUCA